AUCCGAUGAAACGAUAGUUCGUGAAAGUGUACCUAAAGCGAUGGACUAUUUCAACAACCUAAACCCCUUCCGACGUCGCCAUCCGGUGCCGGCGCCAGCAGCAACGACCGCACCGUCCAUACCAUCACCGACGAUAGUCCUAUCGCCGGCCAGUCCGUCCGAGGGGCAAAUUUCCGACGGGUCGAACGAUACGAACGGUUCCAACGGCGGCGGGGACAAAAAGUCCAAAAAGAAAAACAAACGUGAACAAAGCCUUUCCGUUGUUCCAAUCAGCGAGGUAACGGAAGCAUCGCUGGAACUAUGGCGCUCGCUGCCCACCAAAAUCCGACAGGAUCCCAGCAUGGUCUCCUUCCAGCAGGUCCAGCUCGAGCACGCCCGUCUCCACGGUGACGACCAUGAGGAUUCGUUCCCGGAAAUUCAACCGAUGGACGACGAAGAGGAGGAGGAGGAAGAGUACGAUGACGAUGAUAACGGGAAUGAAUUCAUCACCAUCAACGUAACCAACGAGGAGGGCCAGAACCGGGAAGUUGAACACAUCAAGGAGAAAAAAGAAAUACCUAAACCUCACGUGCACCAUCUGGCCGGUCACUACAUCGGUAACAUAACGCCGCCGAAGCACGAGGACUUCAAUGACACCGGUCAGACUCACAUGGAUGAGGAUCACCCCUUUCGGAAGUAUUCGAAAAUCAUUUGCCUCUUCAUCGCGUGGAUGAUAAUAAUGGCCUUCAUGGUGGUGAAAGACGAGAAAUUCAUUUCCGAAAAGCACCUAUCGAUCCCGGCUGGUCGCACCAAGUCCUACAUCCUGCCAGAACUGCCUCAAAGCUCUCGGGUAAUACUUGCCUUCGAAGGCACCUUUUCGGGGGAACAAUAUACCAACCUUACCGAAUAUUAUCUGACAAUCUACCUGCAAUCUCUCACCUCCAACCUGGACCGGAAUCAAUCGGAGAUGUACACCGCCGGUCCGGAUUCGGUGCGGAACAUCAGCGACAUGUGGUUUAUUCCGAUCGUUCAUCCAUACCUGUUUGACAACGCACCGGUCGUCAAAAAGCAAAACAUUUUCGAGAUCAGCGAUAGUAACUACGAUCGAAUACACCAGCAGAGCAGUGCCGUUCGGUUGAUGAUCAAAAGUAACAUCCAGGCGAGCAUUCCAAUCGCGGUGCAUUACGAUCAGUCACCGGUCAACCGGGAUGUGGGUGUAAUUUAUGCUGCUUUCGUACUGAUAUUCCUGUACGCCCUGAUAAUCUGGGAAGUCGUGCAUCGAACGUUUGCGGCGAUGAUCGCAUCCACGCUAGCAAUUGCCAUUCUGGCAGCACUGAACGAUCGUCCCACGAUGGAGGACAUCGUCGGGUGGAUCGACGUCGAGACGAUUCUGCUACUGUUCUCGAUGAUGAUCCUGGUGGCCAUCCUGGCCGAGACUGGCAUCUUUGACUAUCUGGCGGUUUACAUCUAUAAGAUCACUAACGGUAAAAUUUGGAACCUGAUUCAUUGUUUAUGCAUUUGUACAACCUUGAUUUCGUCCUUCCUGGACAACGUAACUGUUGUUCUACUGAUGGCUCCCAUAACAAUAAGGUUAUGCGAGGUAAUGGACAUGGAUCCUGUUCCCGUUCUUAUGGCCAUUACCGUGCAUGCCAACAUCGGCGGAACGACCACUCCGGUGGGUGAUCCCCCGAACAUCAUCAUCACAUCGAAUCAGUACAUUCUGAAACACGGUAUAACAUUUUUAACCUUCACCGCCCACAUGCUGGUCGGUGUGAUCAUCGUGGUAAUCGCAACGAAUAUACACCUUCGGCUGAAGUACAAAAACAUCAACAAUCUCAGGAUGCACGAACCGAAGGAACUGAAGGAGCUCCGUCGAAACAUCAAGGUUUGGGAACGGGCCGCCGGAAAGAUACCACCGUACUCGAAGGAUGCCGGCAUCGUGCGGGAAACGCUUACGAAAAAGGUUCGCCUGCUGAAGCACGAGCUGAAGAAGAAAAUGACCAAAGGAUGCGUACCGGAGGAUCUGUACCGUUCGACGCUGGAGGAACUACAGAAAGAGCACCCGAUCAAGAACAAGGGCUUGCUGAUCAAGUGUGGCGUUGCUUGUGCGUUUAUCAUUUCGCUGUUCUUCUUAGAAUCCAUUCCGGAACUGCGGCGUCUGUCGUCCGGUUGGGCGGCUCUGCUGGGAGUGGUCCUACUGCUGAUUAUUACUGACAAAAAUGACAUGGACGCCAUUCUAUCACGGAUUGAGUGGCCAACGUUGCUCUUCUUCGCAGCGAUGUUCACCUUGAUGGAAGCCGUUGAACGGAUGGGUUUGAUCGCCUGGAUCGGCCACGCAACCGAGAGCAUCAUUCUGGCGGUAUCGGAAGAGUUACGCCUGGCGGUGGCGAUUAUCAUAAUUCUUUGGAUGUCGGCCUUAUCGUCCGCUUUCGUCGAUAGCAUUCCGGUAACGGCCAUGAUGGUGAAAAUUGUCGUCGCACUAUCGGCGAAAUCCUCUCUCGGUCUUCCACUGCAGCCGCUGGUUUGGGCGCUUGCCUUUGGAACCUGUCUCGGAGGCAACGGAACACUGGUGGGCGCCUCCGCUAAUGUUAUCUGUGCCGGAAUUGCAGAACAGCACGGUUAUCGGUUCAGUUUCAUGGACUACUUCAAGCUUGGCUUUCCUAUUAUGCUGGUAAGCGUGAUCGUUACGACUGGGUAUUUGAUCAUGGCGCAUGUGGUGUUCGCAUGGCACUGAAUGGUAACAUCUUAAAGAACGCAAUCCAA